AUGGCACCGCGCAUUCAUCCACUCAUCUCGCUGAGCGAGACUGAGACGAACCGAGCACGCGAUAUCGUCCGCAAGGCGCACCUGGGCUCAGUCCUCCACUUCCGCGUCACAUUUCUCCAAGAGCCUCCCAAAUCAGAACUGUCCAAGUUUCUGGCCCUGGAGCACAGCGGCCGGCUGCACGAGGUCAAGCCAGACAAAUGGCCGCGCCGCCUGGCUCGUGUUCACUAUGACCAGCUCAGUCCUGGCAGCAAGGUUCCAAAAUCUGUCGAGGUGCUCGUCGACCUCGACGCUGGAUGCAUCGCCUCCACGGAAGACAUCCGUGUUGGCGCUCAGCCAGCACACGAGCUCCAAGACGUUGGCGCAAUAUGUGAAGUGUCUAAACUCUUCAAGGAUCGCGUUGCCAAAUUCAACUUGCCAGAAGAUUUUGAGCUUGUCGCCGAGCCGUGGCCCUAUGGCGGCCUCGAUCCGGCAGACGAGCGCGAUAGGCGCUUCAUGCAGGCGCUCAUCUUCGCGGUUAGCACCAAGUCCAAAAACCCCGACUCCAACUUUUACACAUAUCCUAUGCCCAUCAUCCCUGUAGUGGACUCGGUAACUCGCCAGGUCAUUCGUAUCCAUGAGCUGUCGACUGGCGGUGAUGGCGAUCCGUACACUCUGCCAGAUGGCCACUUCGCUGAGCACAAGCUUCACUACCAGCAGCCCUCCGAGUAUGUGCCGGAGCUGCUUUCGACAAGUCACCGUACAGAUCUCAAGGAGCUCAACGUGGUUCAACCAGAUGGUGCCAGUUUCACCGUCAAGGACGAGAGCCUCGUCGAGUGGCAGAAAUGGCGUAUGAGGGUCACUUUCAACCCGAGAGAGGGCGCAGUGGUCCACGACGCCCACUUUGACGGCCGCAGCGUGCUCUACCGCCUGUCCUUCAGCGACAUGACGGUGCCCUAUGCGGAUCCCCGCCCCCCUUUCCACCGGAAGCAGGCUUUCGACUUUGGCGACGGUGCUCUGGGUGAUGCAUGCAACAACCUCCAGCUUGGAUGCGACUGUCUGGGCGUCAUCAAGUAUUUCGAUGGGGUGCUCGUUGGAGCAGAUGGCACAGCCAAGAGGUCACCCAACGUCAUCUGUCUGCACGAGCAAGACAACGGCAUCAAUUGGAAGCACACAAACUGGCGGACAGGACGCGCUGUUGUCACGAGGCGACGCGAGCUAGUCCUCCAGUUCAUCAUAACUCUUGCCAACUACGAGUACAUAUUUAACUACAUCUUCGACCAGGCUGGUGGCAUUACGGUCCAAGCUCGUGCGACUGGCAUUGUAUCCUCUGUGGCCAUAGACGAAGGCAAAAAGGCCUCGUGGGGAAACAUUGUCUCUCCUGGGGUGCUCGCGCAGAACCAUCAGCAUAUCUUCUGCGUUAGAAUAGACCCUGCCAUUGAUGGACACAACAACACCGUCGUCCAGCAGGAGUCGCUACCUCUGGACUUUGACGAGCACACGAACCCCAUGGGCAACGCGUACCGGGUUGCAGAGAUUCCCAUUACGACAGCCGGCGGAUACGAUGCAAACGUCGCCACCGGUCGUAUCUUCAAAGUGCAAAAUUUGGACAAACUGAACCCCGUCAGCGGAAAGCCCGUGGGCUACAAGAUCAUCCCACCGACCACUCAGCUGCUCCUGGCACACCCGAAGAGCAUCCAAGCAAGGAGGGCUCUUUUUGCGCAGAAGAACCUAUGGGUCACGAGCUACCGCGACAAUGAGCUCUAUGCUGGCGGCAGGUACACGCUGCAGUCCGUCGACGAGGUCGACGGCGUGGCCGAUGCCGCUGCCCGUCGGGACGAUGUCCGACAGAAGGAUAUUGUCGUCUGGAGUGUCUUUGGUCUUACGCACAACCCGCGUGUUGAGGAUUGGCCUGUUAUGCCCGUUGAGAUUAUGCAGCUUCACAUCAAUCCGUACGACUUCUUCACUAGCAAUCCAGCAAUCGAUGUACCUCCGAGCAAGAACGCAGCAUCGAGGAAUUUUGGCUCGGGGGAUAAGAAUGGAAGCUGCUGCAAGGCGCAAGAAGGAGAAAUCCAGAACGCCAGUCCCCAUGCCAGGUUAUAG